UACCCGGAAGUGGAAGCGCGCUCGUGUCUAGCUGCAUGUGUGUUUUGGAGACAGUGCAGAGAGAGCGGUGAAGAAGCACUCGCUGUAUGCUGUUCUGUAGCCGUGCUGAUGUUCCCGACUCCGCUCUACUCCCACGCUGGUCGUGGGCCGUUCUCAGAAGUGUACGAACCAGCAGAGGAUUCCUUCCUGCUCAUCGACGCUUUAGAGAAGGAUGCUGAUUUGCUGAGGGAAAGCAGACCUGCUGUGUGUUUGGAGGUGGGCAGUGGUUCGGGGGUGGUCUCUGCUUUUCUGGCUUCUGUGAUUGGGCCAGAAGCUUUAUAUCUCUGUACUGAUCUGAACCCUGCUGCAGCUCAGUGCACUGCUGAAACGUCUCGCUGCAACAAGCUUGAUCUACAGCCAAUCAUAACAGACCUGAUGGAGUGUUUGUUACCCAGACUGAAUGGAAAGGUGGAUGUUCUGCUCUUCAACCCCCCGUACGUCGUUACACCUUCUGAUGAGGUGGGCAGUCAUGGUAUUGAGGCGUCCUGGGCUGGUGGAAACAGAGGCCGGGAGGUGAUGGACAGAUUCUUCCCAAUGGUUCCACAAUUACUGUCCAAUCAGGGUCUCUUCUACCUCGUUACAGUCUCCGAUAAUAAACCAGAGGAGAUUCUGGAUCUUCUGAGGGGUUCAGGGCUGAGGGGGACUGUGUGUCUGUCCCGUCAGGCUGGUAUAGAGAAGCUGUCCAUCCUGCGCUUCAGUAAGAGUGAAUACUGUUAAUCAGCAGCGCUGAUGGACUGACUGACCACAGGAUCUCUUUCACUGAGUGAAGGAGAACUGACUGCAGGAUCUGCUCUGUGUGGAGUUUUUGUCGUAAGCUGAGACUGUUCUUCACUGAGGGUUUAAUGGGUUAUCUGCCACUAUGAUCGGGAGAUCGCUGGUUCGAAUCCCGGUCAUGCAGCUUUCCAUCAGCUGCCAGAACCCCGAGAGCGUACAAUUGGCCUUGCUCUCUCUGGGUGGGUACAGUAGAUGGUGCUAACGCUCUUUCCCCUCAUCACUCCUAGGGUGAUGUAGAUCAGCACGAGGCGUCUGUGAGCUGUGACCUAAUGAUACUUCAGCUGCUCUUUGGGGAAAAAAAUGAAGAUAAGAGACAGUUAUUAAAAUCAAAUAAAUCUGUAUAUUUAAAUACAAAAAUGCAUUUCAGUAUUUUUAACUGGAGGAACUCAAGAUGAAAUAUUGUUUUUACUUGACUUUCAAUAAAAGUAUUAAAUCUGUUUGCUUAAAUCUUGCUUGUGUAGAUAUUAAUGGGAAUUUAAAUCUAGUCAUGGCAGUCUAAAUAUGUAUGCACAGUUAGGGAGUCCAUAACAUGAAUAAGACUUUAUUUUCGUGGAAAUAUUAAUUGGAUUUGUUUUGACCCUUUGUGGCAUGGCACUAACCUUUGAUUAUUACAAAAUCCAUUUAAUUUGUGUCAUUUUUUGGUAAUAUUCACAAAAUGCCACAAAUAAUAACAUUUUUUUUUUUUCGUUUACUUAAUAAAUUUGAGUCUUUUGUAUUUGUUGCCUAAGGGCAACAUUAUGCAGCUAGACUUCUUUAAUUGGGAAUAAUGCCAAAGCAGUGGUGGUUAUUUCCUUUCUAAAAAUACAUCCAAAAUGUGCCAUAAAUGGUUUAUUAUUUGUAACAUUAUUAUUGUAUAACAUUUUAAGAUUUAAAAAGUUAAUUUCUUUUAAAAUUGGAAGAAUUGAAUUUAUUAAUAAGGUUUUAUUUAAUUAUUUUAUAAAAGGGUCUUAAAUUUGAUUUUUUUUUUUUUUGCGCUAAAAAUUAUGUCGUCCAAACAAAAAUAUCAACUGAUCAAACUAUUCCAAUAAAAUUAUUCCAGUUAUUUUACCUACUGGUUGUCUCGUUUCAACGCAUCAUUGGACAGGUGACUGUUCAGUCCAGUGUUCAACCUCACUCACAAGAUAGCACCUCACAACUUGUACAGGUGUGGGCAUUUUCUUAAACAUUGCUUGAAUGCAUCACUUCUGGAUGAAUUUACAAACUGCUGUCCCAUAACUUUUGGCAUGUCAGUGUGUGUUGAAGCUUUUUCUAACAGUUUAUAUAGGACGUAAUGUGUAAUAUAAGUGUAUGUGAGUAAAGAACAAUCUCAAAACUGUUA